UAUUUUCAAUGUCCAGCAACAACAACAUCGGACAAGGCAAUAGCAGCGACAGUCAUAGCCGUAAUGACCGCAUCACCAGCAACCGUAUGAGCCGAGUAACUGCCGCACAUGCGCAACCCGAGCUGCGCGUUAGACGCGUUUCCCUACUCGCAAUUAUGUCGAAGCUGCUGCUGCAAUGCAUUUUGAUGGCGAUGACAAUCUCUUGCGCGACUACAAAUCUCGGCGUACAAGCACAAGGUCAACUUACGGUAGACGACGAUUUCACACGCCUUUUGGGCAAGUGUAAGAUGGGCGAUGCCGAAUUCGAUGCCUGCAUGAAGGGGGUGUUCAAUGACUUGCGUGCCUACUUUCCGACGGGUGUUCCCGCCUACAACAUCAAACCUUUCGAUCCGCAUCGUUCACCCUUCGUGGAGUUGCGUCGUGGCGAUCAAGGCGGCUUCGGUGGCUUCAAACUGAUUUUGCGCAAUAUAUCCGAAUAUGGCUGGUCGCAGUCAGAGGUUACCAAGUAUCGCACUGAUUACGAUAAUAAACGCAUCAUUUAUGCCCAAUACUUCCCGGAGAAGAGUUUAGAUGGUUGGUAUGAGUUUUCAGGCAAAAUAUUGGGCACACCUGUAAAACGGCGUGGCUUCUGGAACAUGACACUGUACGAUUACAGCCAAACGACAAGCGUGCGUCGACUGGGUGUACCCGGUGCUCUGCUGAAGGUGCAUGUGGAGAUCGAUCGCAUCGGUGGCUUGAAAAUGCAUGUCGCAAAUGCGUUGGCGGAGGGGCGUGAACGUUUGGAUAACUUUGCUGAUGGUGUCAUAAAUAGCAUGUGGCCUAUUGGCUUUCCGCUUAUUAAGCCCAUCAUCAAUGAGCUGGUGAGCAGUGCAUUCACUGACAUAUUCAACGAAUCAUUUCGUAAGUUUCCCAUAGCGAAAUUUUUAAGUUGAUGCCACAAAG